CGCGAGUCUUAGGAGGCGGGGUUAGGUUUUAGCAGCAUGGCAUCCCGCUUGAAGGUUCUGAGAUUGUUUAAAACGUUACACAGAACAAGAGAAAGUGUUUUCAGAGAUGAUACAAGAGCACUUGAAGCUGCCCGGAAGAAGAUAAAUGAAGAAUUUAAAAAAAACAAGAAUGAAACUUCUCUGGAAACAAUCAAUCAGAUGAUGAAACUGGCUUCUGAUGUUGAAAUUGUAUUGCGUACUAGUGUUAUCCAAGGAGUUCAUGUAGCUGAUAAUAAAUUAUUGCUUCGUCCCAGAAGAGACGUUCUACAGGAUAAUGUUCCAUAUUGUGAUCAUCCAUCUAAGAGUAGCACAUGAUUACUCAGCUUACUAAAAUAUUUUUUAAAAUCAUAUACUGGUACUGUACAGUUUAUUAAUGUCUGUCCCAUACACAACAGUGUUUAACCAGAAUAUGUUGCCAUGUGGAUUUGACAUUGGCCUGGAUAUGUUCAUUUUUGUUUUUCCAAACAGAGUUGACAAAAGUAACAUGAAACUGAUCGUAUUCCUUCUUCUCUCCCCAGAGAUCUUUAGGUAAUCUCUGCAUUGUCAGAUUUUUCACUAUAGUCAUUUGUUUCUCCAUUCAUUCAUCAUCUGUAACCACUUCUCCCGGUGAGGCCUGUGGUUUUCAGACAUUGUACUGUACAGAUGAUGCUAUAUUGAAAGAACCUUUGAACAUGUUUCACAUUUCAGUUACCCAGAAAGGUUUUGUCUUUAAAUAAAAUAAUCACUUUGAGAAUAUAAAAUGUUGUAAUUAUAUACUGAAUUUUAAUAUUAUAGUAUUUAGGUUGCAUGGCAGUAAUUGGGGAGUUUGGGCAAACUCGUUCAGAGAGACCAGUGAUCUGCAUGUGUCACAAUUAGCACCUGCUCUGAGAUCACGAUGAGACCGCUAUCUUAACUUUGUUCCUUGUGUAUCUUUUCCUGCAUUUAGAAGAACCAAACUGAGCAGAGAUAUUCUUGCCUUUCCUUAAAAUACUGUAUUUACUGAAUUGGUCACUAAAGGUUAAGUCACUAUUGAACAGUGAACGCAAGUGGUAAUCACUAUUUUAUGAUUCCCACUACCGAACAGUGCUACUUUGGAUAUUCUUUUAUUAAAACCUGUGGUGUGUUUCAGACCGAAGGGGGUUAAAAUGAUCUUGUUGAUAGAAAAAAUCUGUAAUGGUCUGUAAAUGUGAUAAAUACGAGAUUAUUUCUCAGAGUAAUGUAGACAUUGUUUUGAAUACCUUCAACCACUUAAGCCUUGUGGGCCAAAAUGUAUUCACCACUUCUUUAGGCAAUUCGAGGACCCAGAACCACCAUUCUCAGUCUUGGUUGCAGACUGCAGGUUUCUGUUUCAACCAUUGAUUGAAAUGCAUAUUGAUUUGUAACUGAACUUUUUUCAAUAAUGCCACUUUAUACUUUUACUGUGUUGGUGCAGAAGAAUCAAACAGGGUUGGUUUGUUUUUUAAAGUGCAUUAGGAGGUGUUUCUAUGUGAUUUGUACAUAGCAAUGAAUUAGCAUUCCUUGAACUUGCUUUUUAAGAUGUUGGUAACUAUUGUCAUCAGGAUGUAAAUACAGGGCCUAUAAAAACUAUUCAUCCCCCAGGAAGUUUUCACUUUUUAUUGUUGUAUGAUGUCAAGUCAUAAUGGAUUUAAUUUGACUGUUCUGACACUGAUCAGCAGAAAACAACUCUUUAAUGUCAAAGUGAAAACACAUCUAUACAACAUGGCCCAAGCUAAUUACAAAUACAAAACAAAAUAAUAUAUUGUGUAAGCAUUCAAUCCAUUUACUGUGACAAACCUCUUGUCAUCACUAGUGCAGCCAAUUGGCUUUAAAGGUCACAGAAUUAGUUCAAGGGAGACCACCUGUCUGUAGUCAAGGAGUUUCAAGUACUUGUAGUAUAAAAGCACCUGAAUGUGGAAGAUCCAACUUCUUCUUACUCAGUAUGGUGGGUUGAUCUACACAAUGAAGACAGAAUAACAGAUCAAACAACUCAAUGAAAAGAUGAUUGAAAAUCACAGGGCUGGGGAUAAAGACAAUAAAAUGUCCAAGUCACUGAAUAUCUCUUGGAGUCCAGUGAAAUCAAUCAUUAAGAAGUGGAAAAAGAGUGACACAGCUGUAAAUCUGCGUAGGGCAGGCCAUCCACAAAAACUGAGUGAUCAAAAAACGGAAGUAUUGCACCAAGAGAGCCUUGGGAACUUUAAAUGAAUUACAGGCUACAGUGGUUGAUACCGUGCAGACAACAACUGCUGUCCUGGUGCCCCACUAGUUGCAGCUUAAUGGGAGAGUGGCAAAGAGAAAACACAUAUGAUAUGUUGGGUGGAGUUUGCCAGAAGGCACAGUGGAGACGCUGAAGUCAGAUGAAAGAAGACUCUAUGGUCUGAUGAAACUGAAAUUGAGUUUUUUCGGCCAUCAGACUAAACACCAUGUUUGGUGUUUACAUUAUCAAAAGUAUACCAUUUGCACUGUGAAGCAUGGGGGUGGCAGCAUCAGGCUAUGGUGAUGCUUCUCUGCAACAGGCCUUAGAAAGAAGGCUUGUGGGACUUGUGGGUGAAAUUAUUGCAGCAAAAUUCAGGGAAAUCCUGAUGAAAAACCUGAUUCAGACUGCAAAAAGUCUCUGCCUUGAUUUGUUUUCCAGCAAGAUAACAGCCCCAAGUACAAAGCCAAAGCAACACAAGAAUGGCUUAAAAGCAACAGUGUUCAAUGACUUGAAGUGGCAGAGUCAGAGUCCAGAUCUCAGUUUAACGUGAAUUUGUGGCUGGACUUGACAAAGGCUGUUCAUGCAUGAUCUCCAUGACACACUGACAGAGCAUUACAAAGAUGAUUGUGGGGGAAACAGCUGAUAGACAGAGACCUGUGCACACAGACUUAAGGCUGUCAUGGCUGCCAAAGGUGCGUCCACUGAAUACUCACUUGAAGAGGGUGAAUACUUAUUUUGUGUUUUAUAUUUAUAACUAUUUUAUAUAAUUUUUGCAGACAUCUGUUUUCACUUUAACACCACAGAGUUUUGUUAAUCAUUGUCAAAAAGGCCAAAUUAAACCCAUAGUGAUUCAAUAUUGAAUAACUAAUUGUGAAAACUCCCCAGUGAAUGAAUAAUAAGCACAUUCAAUGAAAGCGUCCAUUUGUUUUCAGAACCCACCUUACUUCAUUACGGGAUUGUAUUAAGCCAAAGCCUGUUAAUUCAGCCACUGGUGCCAAGCAGGCAUUAACCCCAAACUCGAUUCCAGACCAUUGCAGAGCACACUCCUGUUAUUCCCUAAUAUGUGAGUUAGACUAACAUGCAAAUCUUUGGCAUGCUGGAGAAUAAAAUUCACGUGCCUGGAGAAAAUACACAAAUGCACCAGGACAACAGAGAGAGUGAUCUAUGAAUGGGGCAAAGAAAUGACCUCCAUAUCUGGAAGGGCAGCAUUUCUAACCACCGUGCUACCUUGUCACUUGCUUCAGAAAACAUCCAUUUACUGAACCCAUGUCAUCCAGUUUUAGGGUCAUGGGAAUUGUAGUAGUGAACACAAGAUAAGACGCGUACCUGAAUGGGACACCAGUCACCUCAGGACACAAAUUACAAGUGAGCCCGUCAUCCUAAUAUGAGAGUGUGUGGAAUUGGGAGGAAAUGCAAACUCCUGGCAUGGGAAUGAACUCGGCUCCUUGGAACUGCAAGUCAAUUGAGCGAACGAUUGCACCUCCUCAAAAAAAGGAGGCUUUCAGUGAAUUAAAAUGAUUAAAAUUAAUUAGCCGAGUAUUGGAAGUGUAUUAAAACUGGUCACAGAAAUUCAUUUUUUACACAGGUUAAUUAUACGGUGGGGUACACUUCAGAACCAAAAAGGCAAUACUGUAAAAACCGGGAGUCGUUUUAAAGGCAAGAGUUCAGUUUAUUUUUAUGUAAGUGAAGGCAGGCCUGAUUAUGAAAUCAGUUGGAGUUUAAAAUUUUAAAUCUUUUAAAAAGUUACAAUGAUUCAUCUGGACACAUACCAAUAAACAAUCUUCUUGAAAGAAUACGGUAGAUGACCUUUCUAUAUUAUCUACACACGUCAUAUUGCAUUCUUUUUACUGGCAUCAGUGAUUUUAGAUAAAGUUUGUGUUUAAUCAUGUAAUGCACUUGAUUUCUUUGUUCUGCCAUGCUUUUUAAAUUAACCAAAUUUUAGCACAGGUCCUUCCUCCAUCCGUCUACCCAGUAAUCUUGUCCAAUAAGCCCCGAGCCUAACAGAGCAACAAAAACCUCAAGGCAGGAAUGCACUUUGCUGGAAGAAAUUCAAGUAUGUCAAUUGUUUCUUGCAUUAUUUCAUUAUUUUCUAUUUGAUUGCAAACACUUAAAAAAUAAAAAAAACCCAAAACUUUCUGAAGUGUGUAUUAGCAAAGAGCAGCUGCGUUUGGUUAGCUCAGCUAUCUGAUUAUCUCUUAAUGCAUUUUAAUACAAUUUCCAUAAUUUUCAGAAAUAUGAGUCAUUCCUCAGAAAUGUUGGUUUCAAGAAUAGCCACAGACUAUAAUAUUUGUAAAGCGAUUAUUCAUUUUCUGUAUGCCUAGUGAUAGAAUAUGCUUUGAAAGACACUGCAUCAAAUGAAUGUGAAGCGCAAAAAUAAUGCAUUAAUGUUUUAAUGAUUUCAUUUAAUUACUUAAAGCUUUUGUUCCUUAUGUCAGGCUUGACACUUUAACAUCUUUGAUUUAACCUUUCAUUGUUACAGCAUAAAACAAUAGGCAACUUUUGUGUUUCAUGCUGAGUUAUAAAGCACAAUGUUAUAUUAUAAGAUAUUAAAAUUCUCUUCUCCCUCCCU